AUGAUUCUAAACCUUAUACGGCGAACCUCUAAAAUUCGUUAUGGAAGCAUUCAUCAAAGACUACAACUGACGCCUGUGUGCAGUCCACUCAGUUCGUCCGCUCAUUCAGUCGCCUCACGUUUAUGGCGAUCAUUUUUCUAUGUUCCGGGAGAUAAACCUAGAAUGAUUGAGAAAAUAUCACAAUUGCCGACCAAGUUACAACCGGAUCAAUUUGGUAUGCUUAUCCCCGACCUGAUUGUCCUCGACUGUGAAGAUGCAGUUGCAAUCGAUCGAAAGGCGGAAGCCCGGCAAGCUGUUUCCGACGCACUAUCCGCUCCAGACGGUGGUCUAUUCCGAGUAUUACGGCAAGAAUUUCAACGUCACGCUAUCGAUGAUCUUGUCGCUGUAUUGGAUGCUGCAAUUACGUCUUCUGACUCGAGCAAUGGGAUGUGGCCUGGCCCCGACUUGUUUUGCUUACCCAAAGUUGAGUCACUCGAUGAACUGUCUUGGCUUUCCGAUCGCGUCGAUACCUACAUAUCCAAGGCUACGUCUUCGAGGUCCAAGCCCCAGUUGGGUCUAGUUGCCAUGAUCGAGUCUUGCAAGUCAGUUGUCAACUUACCAGACAUAUGCCUUGGGGGCAAAUCUUUAAAAAUUCCCCUGGUGGGUGUGGUCUUCGGUUCUGAUGAUUAUUGUGUCAGUCUUGGAACUAACCAGCUGGAUUCCCCGCAACGCGAAUUCGAAUGGUGGUACUGUUAUCUCCCGACUAAAAAGUCACCUCGCCAUGGUGGUGCUGCAAUGAUCCUGUGGGCUGUAGUGGCUGGAACUCAGUUCCCAAAGGUUCAGCAAACCAGUGACACCAACGGUGAGCAGCACGACAAAGAAGAGCGAGUCCCCGUACUUCAAGAAGCUGUAUUACAGAGCGGUCUUGAGUUCAUCGAUCAGAGACGUGGCCGCCGCAUGUGGAAGACCUUCAAAGGCUCUCUUUGUUUAACCAUACGUGCUUCCGAAGCAUUGCGCGAGCCUGGUGGGAACACCAGAAGUCCUAACAACGUGGAAUUAUCCUAUGCUCGAAGCUAUGUUCCAGUCGUGGCAAAAGCCUCUGGGUUAUCAUCAAUCGAUAUGGUGGAUAUAGACUACAAAGACACCGAAAAACUUGAGGAAAAUUGCAAGCACGGCGCCCAAAUGGGUUUCAGUGGCAAACAAACCAUACACCCGGCCCAACUACCCAUCGUAAACAAGGCGUUUUCUCCAUCCAGUGCACGCAUUGAAUGGUCGAGGGCUUUGCUAGCCGAAGCCGAAAAACAUUCGGAGGGAGAUGCUAUUGUCGGAUCUGUCGAGGAAUUCGGAGCACCUCUAGUUCGAUUCAUCGCACCGUCCUAUGAGAAUACCGCAGCAGUUUCCCCAAAUUCCAAGGUUCAUUGCCACAGAGGUGUGAUGAAGGGAGAUUCACUCUCCUCAAAAUUUUUCACCAUGGCCAUGGAUGAAAUUCUUGAAUUGUCGACACCGCAACGAGGCUAUCGGUUCUGUGUUACCUUAUUCUACGGUUUUCUCGUCACUGACGACUGGGUCGUGUGUCCAGAAUGUCAGGCUCACCUUAAAGGGAAGCUUGAAGCUUCUAUGGUCGAGUUGAGAAGAGCUAGUAUGGCUAUCAACGCCCAAAAGGCAACGGCACUGGUGAUUUGUAGGGACAGGAAACAUCGGAUGACCGCGACCUCAGUCGAAAUUUUUGCUUCGCCGAGGAACCCACCAAUCCUUUGGGUCCGACAGACACCGUGA